AUGCUUGCGAAUGCAAAGGCCGAGGGCAAGCAGCUUUGGUGCUUCACCACCCCCAAGUCUAUUGGCAUCGACGUCAUCAGGAAGUACAAGAUCUCUACGGACAAGCUCAUCUCUGGCCAGCCACUCUUUACCCACGAGGGCGUGGAUUACGGCGGUGAACUCGAGCAGCUGAGCCACUCGGUUAAGAUCCUGAUUCCCGGCAAGGAUGGCAAGAAGUAUGAGAGUGCCGACCAGCCCAUCGGGCAGUUCCUCCACAUCAAGCGCAAGACUCACAUCGGCCAGGAGACCGUUGUGCCUGCCCCGCCCGUGCCGCCUAGACCCCAGCCUAAGGGGCUCAAGGUUCGCUACACACCGUUCGGCGCCACCAACAACGGUCUCACCGUCAUGGGUGACGAGUCCGAGCACGAAGACGUCGAGAUGGGCGAUGCCGCCCCCGCUGCCCCCGCUGCCCCCGCUGCUGCCACCAGCAAGGCGGCCGCUAAGAAGCGCAAGCUCGGUGGAGAGGAGACAGCUGCCACGCCCAGCAAGAAGGCGAGGAAGUCUCGUGUUGGUGCCAGCACCCCAGCAGUCAGUGCCCCCGUUGUUAAGCCCAUCAAGGAGACCCCUAUUGCUCCUCCCCCCAUCCCCGGGCACAACGUGGCUGCUACCCCCGUCGCCUCCUCUGCCACAAAGUCUGAUGGUAAGGACAACAAGGCUAAGAAGACUGCAAGUAAGGUGACGCCGAUUCCGCCUCCUGUUCCCGCCGGAAAGAGCGCCUAG